AUAAAAUGGGUCGCAAACCAGCGAAGUUCAUCUGAUCGAGAUGAAGACUUUCGUACUGUUGAGCGUAAUUGCCUUCGCUGCCGUGCUCGGCAACCCAGCGGCCAACACCGAGUGGCGCUGGAAGCCCAGGAUGCCGACCUUGUCGAGCAAUCCUCGCGCUCUGCCCCUGCACAAGUUCGUCGAAAGGCACGUCAGGAAGCCCUUCGUGCCCGGCACCAAGGCUGUCGCGGGCUGCGGUCCUACAAAGGAUGCCUCGCGCAUCGUGGGCGGCACAGAGGCGGUGCCUCACUCGUUCCCCUGGCAGGUUGCGCUCUUCAUCGACGACGCUUACUUCUGCGGUGGCUCCUUGAUCAGCGACGAGUGGGUGCUCACUGCCGGGCACUGCUUGGACGGGGCUCAAUCGGUUGAAGUGGUUGCAGGCGCUCACAACAUCCGAGAAGCCGAACCGUCUCAGGUAACAAUAACAUCGACGAACCUGAAGGUGCACGAGGAUUAUGGCUCCAUUCUUCUGAGGAACGAUAUCGCUAUUCUCAAGCUGCCCAGCCCAAUCACCUUCAAUGAGUUCAUUGCCCCCGUGUGCUUGCCUACGAGGAGUGACGCUAUCCUGCCAGCGGGUACCAGCGUUACUGCCUCCGGCUGGGGGAAGACCCGAGACAAUUCAUUGAGCAUCAGUGACGUGCUGAACGAGUCCACAAACGACGUCAUCACCGAUAGUGACUGCGAGGUCUACUACGGCUCUACCAUCAACGGCGGUGUUGUCUGUACCGACACUACCGGCGGUCACGGCACAUGCAAUGGUGACUCCGGCGGACCCCUGAACUACCGCACCGGAGGCGUGACUGUGACCCGAGGCGUCACUUCUUUCGUGUCCAGCUCAGGAUGCGCUGCUGGUCUCCCUGACGGCUUCACGCGCGUCAUUUACCACCUUGACUGGAUCGAAACCAACACCGGCAUUAUCAUCGACAAUUAAACACAAUUGUCGCUCUAAUAAAGCCGUAACAACUAAC